CGUCUAUGGUGGGACAAUUUGCGUGGUGUGAUUCUAUUUUCAUUUAAAAAACUUUUGUUCAACACAUUUUAAAUCUGAGACAUUCGAUUGUGGAUAUUUUCUUCCAGUGAUUUAAAGAUAAAUAAUUUCCAAUGUCUUUAGAAUUCCUUUCAACUCUUCAGUCAGUAUACGAUGGGUUUCAAGAUACCAACUCAUCCCAAAACAAUGCCGUUUGUACAGAAGUAAUACCGCACCAAACACUUUACCAGUUUCUUUUGAUACCAGCGGUUGUGUUUACAUUACUCCUGGCGUUUGCUGAAAAACGUGUGUAUAUGUGUCUACAAUGUCUGUCUGGGAGACCUGGUGUUGUAUAUCCAAUGGAUAUCAUGGGAAGAUCCAGUAGAGUGUCUUAUGCAGCAGCUUUUGGGGCCACAGCGUCUUUGUGUUCUAGUGUUAUUUUCGAACAAAAAUAUGCAGUGGAGUUGGGUGGAGCUUCAUUUGUUAAAGUGUUUGCUAUACUGUUAUCCAUGCUGAUUUAUGGAUUGGAUUUCAUGCCUUUGUUUACCGCAAUUACUGCCAACUCAUCACUAGGAUUUGCAGUAGGCACUCUUUAUGCCUGGGCUUUUACACUCAUCAGUUUCUUCAGGAAUUUUUACUGUGAUAAUUUAACCGUGUCAGCAGUGUUCAUUAUCAUAGCUCGUAGUCUACCAGAGCUGCUGUGUCACUUGUACCUUUCUAUAAGCUUACCUGUCAGAUUUGUCCGAUCACUUUGGAGAAAGAGACACCACCAGGACCUAGCAGUUGACUUUGAAGAUGAAGACGAUAUAUUUGAUUCAAUAAAGCGGUCAUAUCAAGGUUUACAUGUCGUUAAGUUGUUUAAACCACCCAAAGCUGAACCACAGCAACCAAAUGGUUUGAAAGACAAAAUAAUAUCGAUUUUUAAAGGAAUUUACCAUAAGGUAGUCUACUCACGACUUGAGGAUUUCAGAUAUUCCACCAGAAUGUUGUCAGUUUCAGUUGUAUCGUUUAUUCUUAUAUAUCAGGUAUACGUUGAAUUGUUAGUUACUAUCAUUGGUUUGGUGGACAUUUUUUUCACAUUUAUGGUCUUUGUUAUAGACACGACUGACGAUGAUUUAAAAUGGGUUAUAGGAUUGACAUUUUAUGUUGUUAAUUCUGUUUAUAUUAGCUUAAUCGUAUCCUUGACUAUUAGCUUUGUCGUGGGUGUAAUAAUGAUUGUUCAUACCCUAGCGUCUUACAGGACUUUGCUGUUGGGCUUAUAUAAAGGUGACAAUGGUCAUUUGACCCCGAAAGAAGAAAAAUCGAACUCAACUCUGUUGAUUGGUAGUAUGCGAUAUGCUGGUUACCAGGUAGCAUAUGUAGCUUGGGGUUAUUUUAUCCAGUUCCUGCUACUUUUUAUUGUGGCUAUAGUACUAGCAGUUAUUAUUAUUCUGGUUAUAAAUGGUUUUCAUGGUUGGCUAGUUACUACUCUGCAUAAUGUUUGGCCAGUUUUAUUAUCCUCGUUAGUGGUUAAUAUAAUACAAAAACUUAUGUGUACCUUUGCAUUUUUACAACAAAGAGGAAAGGUACUAGCAAUAGAUAAUAGACGAGUGUUUUUUAUAGUAGUUUACUUCAUGUUUUUCUACAACAUAUUUCUUGGUUUGGUGUCUUGUUUAUUGAGAAUUAUAAAAGCCAUGGGAUUAGGUGCUUUAUUUCUGCCUCGGCUGGAUCAUAGCACACUUCCUAGAAAGUUUCAGUGGUUUGACCCAGGUUUUGAUGCUUUUUGUGGUUUCAUGCAUGUCGAAAAUGCUCACACUCAUCCAGUAGUGUUAACAUUUAUAAGUCUAGUGCAGGCUGAAAUCAUAGAGAAGAAAAGGGCAGCACAAAAUAUUUCAUUAGAAGGAGUAGAAAAUGGUACAAUGAUGCUCAAACCAAAGCGACCAAUUAAUACAGUCGCUAGGUUUAAAUGGAAACUGGCAUAUACCUUAAUAAAGAAUCCGCAGUUAUUUAUACAACGAAAAGAUGCAAUGAUGCAGAUAUUCAAACAGAGGGAAAUCGAGGCAGAGGUGGAUGAUAAGAAUAUACAUAUUGAAAUAUUAGGUGCUAAGAUGUAAAUUUUUGCAAAUUUAUAGAGUGUUCGGUUUCAAAGACGAAAGCAUACGUUGCUUAUUUUUGAAAUAGAACACAUCAAGAUUCACUCAGUUUAAUUUUGACUGUUUGAGCAAUAAUAUAUUAGAAAAUGUGGUAUGAUUCUCAAUUAGAAAACUAUCCACCAUUUAACAAGUGACAGGAUGUAUGGAUUCGCAACCAAUGUUACUACCAAUUUGAAAAUAUGUACAUGAAGUUAUUUGAAAUUUACACAUAUAACCUUAUAGCAUAUAUUGUGAAUUUAAAAAAAAAUACAUUACAACUAAGUUACUGUUUACUGUUAAUGAUAAGUUGUUGAUUAAUGUUUGGUGUGUAACUGUUGUUUUAAAAUAAGGAAAGAAGAGAAUGGGGUUAUAAAGGAUUUUUUUUCCAAGUAGCAUAUUGUAGUUCACAAGCUUUCGAGUUCAAUAUUUUACACUGAGAGGAAAAUAUGCAAUAACCCUUUUGAUAAUAGUAAAGUACUAAAUAUAUCAAUACAAUAAUAUACCAUUACAGUGUAAUUUUAAAGAUUUAGGCACUUCGUUGAAAUUCUUUCAAAUUGUUUGGCAGCAACAGUAGUUGUAUCACUCAUUCUGUCAUGAUUUUCAUUUGUUUGUUUUAAAGUGUAAUAGCGAUUCAUUUGUUUUUACGUUUUUCAAUUUCAUAUUAUUACCAAUAAUGACGAAAAGUAAAUCAAUCUCCAAAUAUAUAUAUAAGAAAUCUACAGGAAAAAAUUGGUAACACAUUUUUAUAUAAUAUACUUUUUAUUUAAUUUUUUCGUAUUUUAUAUACAAAUUGACUUUUUGGAUAUUUUUACAAGAAUAUUUAUGUUACCUUUUUACAUUUUUAAAUCGAUUUCUUAUCUUUGAAAUUAGUUUUUUUUUCUCUUGAUCAAAUGAAAUCCAUAGUGACUUUUAUAUUUUUAUAUUACUAACAGUGUAUAUUACAAUGAGUAUACAAUUGAACACGAAUGUAAUAUAUCGAACACACUUUUUAUCAUUUUUUAAUUCAUAGAGAUUUAUUUUUUUUUAAACAAAUAUUCCCUCACAAUUUUAACUUUAAAUGUUUUGUUGUGUCUAUGAUAUUGUAUCUAUUUUCUCUCAAGUAAAUGACAGAUAAUGUAGUUCAAUGGUCGUAAAGUGUGAGGUUACUCAGACACCUACUUCUUGUUUUAGAUACUUUGCAUUACGAGCUGUGUUCUUAGCACGAUGACGCGUACAUUUUUGCAAAAGUUUCUGAAUAAGUCAGUUGAAGUGGAAGCACCAAUGAUAAGUCGAUGAUAAUUGGAAAUUUGGAAUUCACGUGUAAUACCAUUUUCAUGGAAAUUAUUUGGUUCCUAAGCUCAAUGGGGGUCAGUUGAUUUUGCGCAGUUCAAGUUGCAUGUUCAAAUUUGUGAUAAGGUCAGUUAAAGUGGAACCGCUAAUGGGUAGUCAAUGAUAUUUUGCAUGCAAAUGUGUAACAGUUAGCUCUUGUCAUUUCCAUGGAAAUUAUUUUGUCUUGGCCCACAGUUAUGUAUGGUGCAUUAAUUUCGAAACGUUACCAUGGUUACGCAGUUUAAAUUUUCAAAAUUUGUUAUUAUGACAGUAUUAAAGGAACGACUGGUGACAAAUCAAUGAUGUUAUUAUGCAGUUGUAUUGGCAUCGGAAUAUUGCAUUUCAAAGGAUAUUAUUUAGCUCCGCCCCUGAGUAAUUUGUGUAUUGAGUUUUGAAAUUUUGAAUUUGAAACAUUAGGUCAGAUUAUGUUUAAACAUAAUGGUAAGUCAAUCUUUCCAGUGACACGUCUCAAUUCCAUGACAAUUAUCUGAGGUAAUUUUAAGUGGAACCAAUAAGUUACGUUGACUCGAUGACAUUUUGUAUGCAGACAUCUCAAUCUAUUUGAUUUGAUUUGACUUUUGGUGUUUUAACACCACUUUUAAGCACCGCUUUUGGGCUAUUUCGUGGCGGCCAGUAUUUAUUUGUGGAAGAAGCCGGAGUGCCCGGAGAAAACCACCGACCUUCGAUAGGAAAACUGACAAUCCUAGUCAAUUAAGAUUGGAGUCGAGUGCACCCGCACGAGCGGGGUUCGAACUCACAACCUCAGUGUUGACUGGCUAGUGAUUACAGUAGUAACUACUUAGACAACUCGGCCACCGAGGCCCCUCAUCUCAAUCGAUAUUAUUUGGCCAGCCCCUCAGUCAUGGUCCAUUGACUUUGAAACUUUUGCAUAGUUAACAUGUUAUAGUUUGUCAUUAGGCAGAUUUAUAUAAUAAUACAUCAGAGUUAAGAUGGGAAUAAGGUUAUAACUUGUGUAUGAUGAUUAUGAUGGAAAUUAGUCACGUGUUAGAGCAUUUAAGUAAGACUUUUGUUUGCUUUUGAGUUUUAUUGUACUUAUUUCCUCUUUAUUAUAUUGUAUUGUACAUAUAGGCUACCAUUUUAAUUGGAUAAAGUUUAACAUUUGCAUUUAACUGUCGAAAUUAUACACCGCGACCAUCACUCUUUGUCAACAGUGUAUUAUCAUUUAUCUGCAUAUUUUCCAGCUUAAAUUAAAAUAAAAUAAGUAAAGAAUGUUUAUGUUAUUAAUAAGAUACUUAUUUAAAAAUUGUUUUAAAAAUUUCGUUUAGGACUUUUUAGUCACAUAAAUUGACUAAGCUUUGGUUUUCUCGGACUUUUUCUCUCUGCUUUCGUGGAAAACAUUGUUAAUUGAUGUAAAUUAGUUUGUAUAUCAACUAGCUUUGAUGAGGGUAUAGCUUCACUUUUUGCACUAUUUUAGAUAUUUGAUGAAAAUCUUUUACGCUGAAGAUAUUGACUAAUUGCUACCUCAUUUGUAUUAUUAUUUUUUUAAAUGUAACCUAUAAAUUUAGUGCGAGUAAUUUAUUUUGUUAAAUUGCAAAAAAACUAUGUGUAUGUCUUCCGGUGUAUGCUGUAUUUAAUGUUCAUCUUAUUCUUGUUGUUUUAUAUGCUUACCUUACAAUAAUAAAGACUAAUUCUAUAAUGUAACGUUUUACUACUCUUAUAUUUAAAUUUAUUUUUCUAUCAAAAGCUAAUAGAUUUGAAAUGAAAUGGUAUUUUUGAUCUGAAUAUGUCCAAUGAAAUGAAUAAAAAUAUUAUUUAA